AUGAUACUUCGAACAUGGGUUCGUGGUGUUUCUACAGUACUGUCUCGUGGCAGGCCCUCGCUAAGUACAAUAUUACCUGCUAAGAAAGCAAUCAACCGUAUGCUAUUUGACAAUAAUACCAGACUCUCUUACAAAAAAAUGAUUCCGGUGCUCGAAUCGAUUUAUGACAAUUUGGACAGCCCAGAAAAAAUUCAAUUACCGAGAUAUGUUCAGCAUAAUGACUUGAUGCAAUUCAAAGAGAUGCUUGCAAUGGUACGAAGCUCCACCAAUUCAGUGAAUAAGAACUUGGCUCGUCUUGAGAAUGAGUUGGUCGAACAAGCUGCUGAGCUAGGCAAUAAUGAUGCAAUAACCAUGUUGGCUUUUGAAACCAUUCGUAAGCCUGAUGUCAAUAAAGAAGACUACCAGUAUGCAAACAGCUUGAUAGAAGAACUCACGAACAUAAAACAUCCCUUGGUGUUUAAAAUGGGUGGAGAUUUGGCUUUCGAAAAGAAGUUUUAUCCUCAAGCGGAACAAUUUUGGAAGAAUUUUUUGGACUUGGAAAGCAACACUAUACUAGCUGGACAAGUCCAUGCCAAACUCGGGGCGUACUACUUCCAAUACCUCAAACCUAGACCGAAUCUAACUUUGGCAAAAAUGCAUUUCGAGAAGAGCAUAAAACUAGGAGAGUUCGAUGGCCACAUAUUACAAUCUUAUUACUAUUUGGGUCAGCUUUACUCUACUACAGACCCCACAUUAUCGCGAUAUUAUCUUGAAGUUGCAGCGAGUAAAGGUUUUAAGGAAAGUUUUGCAUCGCUCGGAUUUUUAGAAAUGAACAUGUUCAAAAAUUUCAGCAUGUCUAUGGAAUGGUUCAAACUUGGCGUGGAGGCAAGCAAUGAUGUGUCCUGCCUCAUUGGUCUAUUUGAUUCCUAUGUCGGUACUAAGGAACUUCUGGGUGCAAGAAAGGUUCUCAAAUCACUCUUGAACCUUCAACAGAAAGUGAAAAAGUUUGCAGAUACUGACAAAGUUCCUGAGACUUUCAAAUUAGACAUGUUAACCACACAGUCUAUGUUACAGGUGUUUUUCCGCACGAGGAAAGAUUCUAUAGCCCAGCUUCAAUGA